GGCUUGUAAAAAUCCAAUCUUGAAAUAAAAAUCCAAUCUUGAAAUGAUUACCUUUAUGGAAUCGAAAGAGAAGAUGAAAGAAACAGAGAAGUGUUUGGAUUCACAGUUAUGGCACGCCUGUGCCGGUAGCAUGGUGCAAAUGCCCUCCGUAAAUUCGAAGGUGUUUUACUUCCCACAAGGUCACUCGGAGCACGCUUCUGGAAUCGUCGAUUUAAGGACGUGCCCCAAGAUUCCUUCGUACAUUCCUUCAAGAGUGACCGCGGUUAAGUUCAUGGCCGAUCCGGAAACAGACGAGGUUUUCGCAAAGAUCCAUUUAGUCCCGAUAACCGGAAACGAGGUUGUCUUCGAUGAUCAUGACGCGGCGGCGGUUGGUGGUGGUUCCGAGAAUCAAGAAAAGCCCACAUCGUUUGCGAAGACACUAACUCAGUCAGAUGCGAACAACGGUGGAGGGUUUUCUGUGCCUAGGUACUGCGCGGAGACUAUAUUUCCUCGAUUGGACUACUCGUCGGACCCACCGGUUCAGACAAUUCUAGCGAAGGAUGUUCAUGGCGAGACGUGGAAGUUCAGACAUAUUUACAGAGGUACCCCUAGGAGGCAUCUUUUAACGACGGGGUGGAGUACUUUCGUCAAUCAUAAAAAGCUUGUAGCUGGCGAUUCGAUUGUGUUCAUGAGAGCGGAAAACGGCGAUCUCUGCGUCGGAAUCAGAAGGGCGAAACGGGGGAUCGGCGGCAGCGAGGCGGCGACGGGGUGGAAUCCGGCGGGGGGCAACCCCGCGGUGCCUUACGGUGGGCUGUCGGCGUUUUUUAGGGAGGACGAGGGGAAGUUGAGUAGGAACUCGAACGGCGAUUCGAUUAGUAGUGGGAGAGUUAAACCUGAGGCGGUUAUUGAAGCUGCUACGCUUGGUGCGAGUGGGCGGCCGUUUGAGGUGGUUUAUUAUCCGCGCGCUAGCACACCGGAGUUUUGUGUGAGGGCUAGUUUGGUGAAGGCGGCACUGCAAAUUAGGUGGUGCUCGGGUAUGAGGUUUAAGAUGCCGUUCGAGACGGAAGAUUCUUCUCGUAUAAGUUGGUUUAUGGGGACUAUAUCUGCUGUUCAUGUUGCUGAUCCGAUUCGUUGGCCCGAUUCUCCUUGGAGGCUUCUCCAGGUGGCAUGGGACGAGCCGGAUUUGCUACAAAACGUGAAACGAGUGAGCCCAUGGUUGGUGGAGUUGGUAUCGAGCAUGCCGCCCAUCCACCACCACAACCUCUCCCCGUUUUCGCCCCCACGUAAAAAGAUGAGAUUACCCUUCGAUGGCCAAAUUCCCUUGCCGGCAUUUUCCGGCAACCCGUUUGGCUGUCUCCCGAACAACAACAACAACAACACUCCUGCUGGCAUGCAGGGAGCCAGGCACGGUCUAUCACUGUCGGAUCUUUUUCCGGCCGGUUUUAUGCCUCUCAAUAGAGUCCCUUUACCUAGUACAACCGCAAAUAACGAGAAUGUUUCAUGUCAGCUAACUAUGGGUAAUUCGAAUCGAGGGUCGAAAGUUUCCGAUAAUUGCAAAACGGCCCCUUUUGUCCUCUUCGGUAGGCCGAUACUCACGGAGAAGCAGAUUUCACUGAGUGGCUGCUCGAGCGACACGCGGACGGGGAAUAGUUCCUCAGAUGGGAAUGAGGGUAAACUGGGAAAUAAUUCCGACGAAGGUUUUCAGUCGGAGCUCGAUUUGGAGACAGGUCACUGUAAGGUUUUUAUGGAGUCUGAGGAUGUGGGAAGGACUUUGGAUCUAUCUCUGCUCGGUUCUUACGAAGAACUGUACGAGAAGUUGGGAAGUAUGUUCGGUGUUGAAAUUUCGGAAAUUAUGAAUCGUGUAAUUUACCGGGAUGCCACUGGGGCUGUUAGGCAAAUCGGAGACGAAUCGUUUAGUGAUUUCUUGAAAACGGCGAGAAGGUUGAGAAUUGUAGCUGAUACGAACAAAUGUAAGAGUGUAGAUUUUUGACCAAAUAAAUUAGGCUUCUAAUUUUAUUUUUUUUCUGGACUUGUAAUAAGGAGAUUCUUUAAUUGUGAAAUGCAAUCUGGGAUGAAAAAGAAUGCAACAGAUUCUGUUUCUUUGCAGACGGGGUUUUCGUUUUUUCAUUUUUUCGUUUUUCGUUUGUUUGUACAGUGAAAAAAGUUUGAUGUAAAUGAGUUAUGUCUUUUGUUUAGCAUAAAUCAUGCCAUUUUCUUGAUUUGA